UUGAAGAAGAACAAAAAUACCACUAGGUAAUCUAUAUGUUAAUCUUGCAUCAUGAUUUAUUUUUUUAUUAGGGUUUAUAAAUUUCUUAUUUGAUUAAGAAAAGGUGAUAAACUCCUUAUUUAAUUUAAACCUAAUGAAAUUAUGUUUCACUUGUUAAUCACACAUCUUUUGCUUGAGAAUAACCGAGCAUCGUUUUGUUCAUAAAUCUAACCCAAUUGUAUGCAUGUGUUCUUUUAUAUGUAACCAUGGGUGAAUCUCAAUCGGCUGGUGAGUAACUUGAACAGCGCAAUACUGCACAUGAUGAUGACAAUGACCAAGUUAUGCAUUCAAGACAGGAAUUUCUUGUAAGAAACGAACAUGCAAGAGGGAUCAUCAUGGAGUAUUAAAUUUUGUAACUUAUUCUUGUACGAAAUAGGGGAAGAAUCAUUCAGUGUCGGACUCUCCAUUAAAUUUUCCUCCAACACAGAGAACUAAUUAUAAAGCAAAAAUUUCAGCGAGAUUAUGUGAAGAUGAAAAAUGGAUGAUAAGCGUUGUUGCUCUUGAAAAUAACCAUUUAAAUAGUCCAUCGAAAUCUCGACAUUUAAGAGGCCACAAAAGGAUCGACACAUCUACAAAGAAGAAAGUUUUGGUGAACGACAAAGCAGGAAUCAGGACAUGUAAUACCUAUGGUGCAUUAGCGGUUUAAGGUGGUGGAUACGAAAGCCUCCCUAUGAUGAAAAAACAUUGAGGAAUAUGGUUGCUAGAGAAAAAAAUAGAACUUGGCGAAGGAGAUGCUACAGCACUUCUGGAUCACUUUACAGACAUGCAAAAUAGGGAUCCAAAUUUCUUCUACAGAAUGGGCAUUGACAAAAUGGGCGGUUUGAAGAAUGUGUUUUGGGAUGAUAAUAGAUGUAGAUAAGCCUACAAAGAAUUUGGUGAAGUUGUCACCUUUGACACAACAUACUUGACAAACAAGUAUGCAAUGCCUUUUGCUCCAUUUGUCGGGGUUAAUCAUCAUGGGCAGUUAAUUUUAUUUGGUUGUGGCUUGCUUUCUAAUGAGGAAAAAGAAAAUUUUGCUUGGUUAUUCAGAUCAUUUCUCGAUUGUAUGAAUGGAAUCACUCCACAAAGUAUAAUUACAGACCAAUGUAGUGCGAUGAAAUGGGCAGUUGAGAAAGUUUUCAAGGAUACCAAACAUCGUUGGUGUUUAUGGCACAUCAUGAAAAAAAUACCUGAAAAGUUGAGGAGGUAUAAAAAUUACUUAAGGAUUAAAUGUAGGAUGAAAAAAGUUGUUUAUGAUACACUAUGUCUAGCUGAAUUUGAACAACACUGGAGUGACAUGUUGCAAAAGUAUGAGAGAUUGAAACAUAAUAAAUGGUUGAAUAAAUUAUAUGAGGAGAAACAUCGAUGGGUGCCUUGUUUUGUGAAGACCACUUUUUGGGAUGGGAUGUCGACUACACAACGAUCCGAGAGUAUGAAUGCAUUUUUUGACGGGUAUGUUCAUUCAAGAACGUCUUUGAAGCAAUUCGUUGAAAAAUUUGAUAAUGCACUGGGAUACAAAAUGGAAAAGGAGCUUAAAGCAGAUGCUAGAUCGUUUUCAACAAUUAUUCCAACCUCAACUUCGUAUAAUGUGGAGAAACAAAUUCAAAUAUUAUACACUCAUGCGAAGUUUAAAGAGUUUCGUAAUCAGUUGAUACGGAAAAUGUAUUGCGAGAUAAUUGGUAGUCAAGAUGAAAUCAAAGAUGGAGUCAUGGUUCAAACUUAUGACAUACAAGAAGAAAUUUACUAUCAAAAACCACCAUAGGAUAAAGAAGAAGUUGAUGAUGAUGAUGAUGAUGAUGAA